UCACCGCGCGCCGCCGCGGGCGCGUCAGAGGCAGGACCACGUGUACCAUGUUGACUGUCAAAGCCUCCAGGAGCCCGGUUCCCGGAAGCGGUGAAUUCUGAGAGAAAUUCCGGCACCCGAGUCCCCCGAAUCCUGCGCAUCCCCAAGCAUGAGCGCCCCCGGCGUGCUGUCCUUUACCCAGCAGGGCUGGGAGCAGGUGCUGGCCAAGGUGAAACGGUCCGUGGUCUACCUGGACGCCGCCUGCGCCGAGAGCCUGCACUGGGGCUGCGGGUCCGCGCGGCUCCUGGAGGCGGUGGGGGUCCCCGCGUGCCACUUGCGGGAGUUCGAGCCCGAUGCCCCGGGUGGCGGGGCCGGGCAGCCCAAGGCAGCGUUCGUGCUGAGCGGCCUGCUGAAAGGCCGGACCGUGGAGACUCUCCGGGACAUCAUCCGCCGCAGUCACUUCCAGUAUUGUGUGGUGGUCACGGCCGUGGGCCACGCCGUCCACCUCACCGCCAACCACGUCCCCGCGGCGGCGGCGGCGGAGCUGGAGGGGCAGCACCCGGUGUUCGAGCAGCUGGAGGAGAAGCUCUGUGAGUGGAUGGGCAACAUGAACUACACGGCCGAAGUCCUCCACGUCCCGCUGUUGCUCGCCCCUGCUGCCCCGCACCUGGCCUUGACUCCAGCCUUUGCCUCCCUUUUCCCACUGCUGCCCCAGGAUGUGCAUCUUCUGAAUAGCGCCCGACCGGAUAAGAGGAGGCUGGGGAGCCUGGGUGAGGUGGACGCCGCUGCUCUAACCCCGGAGCUGCUGCUGCAGAUCAGGUGCCUGGUGUCAGGCCUCAGUUCUCUGUGUGAGCAUUUAGGAGUCCGCGAGGAGUGUUUCGCCGUGGGUUCCCUAAGCCGGGUCAUCGCCGCAGAUCUGGCCAAUUAUGCCCCAGCCAAGAACAGGAGAAAGACUGCCGCGGGCAGGGCAUCAGUGGUCUUUGUGGACAGAACUCUGGAUCUCACAGGGGCAGUUGGACAUCACGGAGACAACUUAGUAGAGAAGAUCAUUUCAGCACUUCCUCAGCUUCCAGGCCACACCAAUGAUGUGAUGGUUAGCAUGGUAGAGCUCACUGCACUCCAGAACAUGGAGGAGAAUCACAGCGUGGUUGCCCCAGGCUGUCUUGCACAAGCCAACGACCCCUCAGCCAAAACCCUGUGGGAAGCCUUACUGAACAGCAAGCACAAGGAGGCAGUGAUGGAAGUCCGGAGACAUCUAGUGGAGACAGCGAGCAGAGAGCAGCUGCCAAUCAAGAUGAGCAUGGGGAGAGUCACAGCAGGGCAGCUCACAUCCUAUAUUCAGCUCUUCAGGAACAACCUCGAAGCUCUCAUGAAUCACUGCGGGCUCCUACAGCUUGGGCUGGCCACAGCUCAAACUUUGAAACACCCGCAGAGUGCCAAGUGGGACAACUUUCUGGCUUUCGAAAGGCUCCUUCUCCAGAGCCUUGGGGAGUCAGCGAUGGCUGUUGUAUUAAAUCAGCUGUUGCCCAUGAUUAAGCCCUCGAAUCAGAGGACUCAGGAUGACUACAGCCCCGAAGAGCUGCUCGUCCUCCUCGUCUAUAUUUAUUCUGUCACUGGAGAGCCCCCAGUGGACAAAGAGCUCGGGGAGGCUGAAGAAAAGGUGAAGAAAGCGUUGGCUCAGGUCUUCUGUGAGGAGUCCGAGCUGUCACCGUUGCUGCAAAAAAUCACAGGUUGUGACUCUUCCAUUAACCUGACAUUCCAGAAAUCCAAAAUUGCCACGGAUGAACUCUUUGCUUCACUUCGGGAUAUCGCUGGAGCUCGGAAUCUCAUGAAACAGUUUAAGUCCGUGUAUGUUCCCGGGAACCAUACCCACCAGGCAUCCUAUAAGCCACUGCUGAAGCAGAUUGUGGAGGAAAUAUUUAAUCCCGAGAAGCCGGAUCCCGUUGAUAUUGAACACAUGUCUUCAGGCCUCACUGAUCUCCUUAAAACUGGAUUUAGCAUGUUCAUGAAGGUGAGCCGGCCCCUGCCCAGCGACCACCCGCUCCUGAUCCUCUUCGUGGUGGGCGGAGUCACAGUCUCCGAAGCCAAAAUGGUCAAAGACCUGGUGGCCUCCCUGAAGCCGGGAACCCAGGUCAUGGCUGCCUGUCCACGGCGCCUGCCUGGGAAGCCACUUAACAUUCCCGAGCUGCUGUUUGCCACCGAUCGGCUGCACCCAGACCUUGGCAUCUGAGCUAAGAAGACAAGACCCAACCUCGCUGGAAACACCAAUCGGAUCGUCUAUUCCAGACACGCCUCCAAAGCCAGCGUCCCCGCCACUAACUUCGGAGAAUACGACUGGAUUUCACCCAAAGCGUCCCGAUAACCCAACCACACAGUGAGGUUGGAUUUCUGU